AUGUACCAUUUUGGGAAAGAGGCUGUCCAGAAGUUGGCUUUGAAGAGAGAGAGUCAUCCCAAGCUUUAUAAGCUUCAGUGGCUUAAAAAGAGAGGCGAAGUAACGGUAUCUAAGAGAGCCCUUGUUUCUAUUUCUAUUGGGUUCACAUAUAAAGAUGAUGUGUGUCAUGUGGUCCCUAUGGACUCGUGUCACUUAUUGUUGGGUAGACCUUGGGAGUAUGAGCAUAGUAUAGAGCAUAAUGGGCGGUCCAAUACUUAUAGCUUUCUGUUUGAUGGUGUGAAGAUAACUCUUGUUCCUAGCAAGCCUAAGCAGCUAACCACAAAACAUUCGGGUACUCUGUUGACCCUUAGUCAGUUUCAAGAUGAGCUGGAGGAAGCAGACAAUGUUUUUAUUUUGAUAGGGAAGCCAGUGCCUGAGGAAGUCAAAAUUCCUGAAUGUACGGUUCCGCUAUUUGAGGAGUUUGUUGAUGUUUUCCCUGAUGAUUUACCUGCCAAAUUGCCACCCUUAUGA